AAACUUGAAAAAGUAGUAGCUAAAGUAGAAAAAGUGGUAUUUUGAGUAGCAAAACUAAAACUCCUUGUUGCUGGAGAUGCUCUUAAGAACGGUUUGUUUGCCUCUCCACCGGCCUCUCACGCUUCUUUCUCUUCUCUUCUUUGCUCUCCUGCAGAAGAGAGAGAGCCCUCCAUAGCCACUCCCUCUAUAAAUCGCUUAAAAAAGCCCAUAUUCUUCCCUCCUUGAUUCAGCGUAUCCCAUAGCUGAAUCUUCUUUCUCUUAGAUCGUAAUCGGACGGCGGAGAUUGUUUGUUUCUUUUUCUUCUUCUUCUUCGUGUUCUCGCUGAGCGAAAGAUCCGAGGUAUGCAGCAGGGUGAUAGCUUGAGACGUGGAGGCGGCCGCGGCGGCAGACUCCUUGGCCACUCCUCUUCGUUGUCUUCGGCUUCUUCAAAUUCUGUCCUGGCUUUCGGUUCUUUUUCCUUCGAUCUCCCUACCUUCUCUCUGAAGGGAGGACCUGCUCUUGCUCUAGUCAAGGCUGAGAUGCCAUGGUCAGCGAGAAAGGGUACUCUCUCUGAGAAGGACCGUGUAUUGAAGACUGUAAAGGGGAUUCUGAACAAGCUUACCUGUAAAAAUUUUGAUUUGCUUAAGGGUCAACUUAUUGACUCCGGCAUUACAUCGGCUGAUAUCUUGAAGGGGGUUAUAUCGCUAAUAUUUGAUAAGGCUGUGCUGGAACCAACAUUUUGUCAUUUGUAUGCUCUUCUGUGUUCUGAUGUUAAUGAAAAGCUUCCUCGGUUCCCAUCUAAUGAACCCGAUGGUAAAGAUAUUACUUUCAAGCGAGUCCUCUUGAAUAACUGCCAAGAGGCUUUUGAAGGUGCUGACAAAUUGAGAGAAGAAACAAGGCAGAUGACUGCGCCUGAGCAAGAGACGGAGCGUCGAGAUAAAGAAAGAUUGAUCAAGCUUCGCACUCUUGGAAAUAUCCGGUUAAUUGGAGAGCUCCUGAGGCAGAAGAUGGUGCCUGAAAAGAUUGUCCAUCACAUUGUUCAGGAGCUUCUAGGAGGGCCUGAUAGUAAGUCUUGUCCUAAGGAAGAAAAUGUUGAAGCCGUAUGCCAAUUUUUAAACAGUAUUGGUAAACAGCUUGAUGAGAGCCCAAAAUCACGGCUUAUAAAUGAUAUUUAUUUUUAUCGAUUGAAGGAUCUGAGCACAAACCCUCAACUGGCCACACGUGUAAGGUUCAUGCUUUGCAAUGUUCUUGAUUUGAGGUCAAACAAUUGGGUUCCUAGACGUGAAGAGGUGAAAGGCAAAACCAUCACUGAGAAACACUCAGAAGCAGAGAAAAAUCUUGGAAUGUGUCCAGGAACUCGGUAUAAAUUUGCAUCUGCCAUCGAGGGUGAUAAAGAGGAACUUCAGCAGUUAUAUAAUGCAUGCAUAGGAAUUCCUCAGCCACCACCUCAAUCUCAGAGUCGUUAUUCUGAGCCAGAUAAUCGUGACUGGCGUGGCCGGUCAGCAAAGUUUCGUACCUUUGGAGGUACCAAGGAGUUUGGUGGUUGUUUUGGUUCCAGACAGCAGGAAGACACUCAAUUUAACCGCCAAGACCUACUCAACUCCCAAUUUGCAAGGGCCCAAGGGGGAGGACCUGCUCCUGCUCUAGCCAAGGCUGAGAUGCCAUGGUCAGCGAGAAGGGGAACUCUCUCUGAGAAGGACCGUGUAUUGAAGACUGUAAAGGGGAUUCUGAACAAGCGUACCCUUAAAAAUUUUGAUCUGCUUAAGGGUCAACUUAUUGACUCUGGCAUUACAUCGGCUGAUAUCUUGAAGGGGGUUAUAGCGCUAAUAUUUGAUAAGGCUGUGCUGGAACCAACAUUUUGUCAUUUGUAUGCUCUUCUGUGUUCUGAUCUUAAUGAAAAGCUUCCUCCGUUCCCAUCUGAUGAACCCGAUGGUAAAGAUAUUACUUUCAAGCGAGUCCUCCUGAAUAACUGCCAAGAGGCUUUUGAAGGUGCUAACAAAUUGAGAGAAGAAGUAAGGCAGAUGACUGCGCCUGAGCAAGAGACGGAGCGUCGAGAUAAAGAAAGAUUGAUCAAGCUUCGCACUCUUGGAAAUAUCCGGUUAAUUGGAGAGCUCAUGAGGCAGAAGAUGUUUCCUGAAAUGAUUGUCCAUCACAUUGUUCAAGAGCUUCUAGGAGGGCCUGAUAGUAAGUCUUGUCCUGAUGAAGAAAAUGUUGAAGCUGUAUGCCUGUUUUUUAACACUAUUGGUAAACAGCUUGAUGAGAGCCCAAAAUCACGGCGUAUAAAUGAUAUUUAUUUUAGUCGAUUGAAGGAUCUGAGCAUAAACCCUCAACUGGCCCCACAUGUAAGGUUCAUGCUUCGCAAUGUUCUUGAUUUGAGGUCAAACAAUUGGGUUCCUAGACAUGAAGAGGUGAAAGCCAAAACCAUCACUGAGAUGCACUCAGAAGUCGAGAAAAAUCUUGGAUUGCGUCCAGGAACUUGGUAUAAACUUACAUCUGCCAUCGAGGGUGAUAAAGAGCAACUUCAACAAUCAUAUAAUGCGUGCAUAGGAAUUCCUCAGGUUAUGCCUCGUCCAGUGCCUUACAAUACCUUAACCUCAACUCCAGGAGCUGCACCUCAAACUGAUGCAGAAGCUGUUGAAUUGGCUAUGGCGUUAAAUGCCUCGAUUCAGUCUGCUGCAGCGGAUAGACCACUUCCUCCAAAUACUCACCAGAGCUCUGAACCAAUUAGCACAAAUGGUUGGGGAGUUUCUGCACGGACCAACGAUAAUGUUUCCCCUGUUGUUCCCACAAACAAUGACGUUUCUACACCCGUUUUGUCAGCUUCGGUUCCAUCUGCUCCACCUAUUCCUGAUGAAGUUUUGGACGAAGGGCCAAUCCACUACCCAUCCAUUGAUUUCAGCCCAGUGGAAUGGUCCAUUCCAGCCAGAGAGGAUGGAGGUUCUGUAACAAAUGAUGUGAAAGAUGAAGACAGUUCUUCCUCAUGUGUGAUAUGUUGGGAAGCUCCAAUAGAGGGAGCAUGCAUUCCCUGUGGUCAUAUGGCUGGUUGCAUGUCUUGUUUGAAUGAGAUCAAAGCCAAGAAAGGUGUUUGCCCUGUAUGCCGAGCCAAAAUAAAUCAGGUUGUAAGGCUUUAUGCUGUCUGAUAAGUGAACCAAUUACAAUGGAGCUGGGAUUUGUUCAAGAUUUUGCUAUAUUUAUCUUCAAAGUAAUUUUGAUUUAUGAGCUUGUGAAAUACAUGUAAUGGAUUUGUGGACAUAAUUGUACAGACUGCAACAAGGUGGUUGUUUCGUAUG